AUGUCCACGAGGCGACGUCCCUUCACAGCGCGAUCUUCUAGCAGCCUGAACAGUAAUAUACCGCGAUCGAUAAGAUCUUCGAGUCAUGACGGCGGGGAUUUACCCGAGGAUGUCUACGAGAAUGAUAGCUAUAUGGAUGAUGACGACGACGACGAGUCUUCAGACGCCGAUGUCUUCGCUUUCGGUCCACCGUCGACAGCGGAUGGAAACAGAGGAGAGCUCCCGCCCUCGGAAUCUAGUUCAAUCAACCAGCCUCCGCUGAGUAACUUUGAUGAGAAGUAUUUGAAUCCACACGACGACAUAUUGCGUCCGCCUUCUGCAGAUCCCGUCUUUCCAGCUCAAAGAGUGAAGAGAUGGUCGAAUAUUGACAGUGAUGAUCUUUAUCAGGCUUCGACAUCCACACAUCAGUUCCCGCCAACUCAGUCUCUUGAUAAGCUCGAAUUGGAGUACGAAGAAGACAGUCCUUAUCCAGAAGUGAGGGCUUCAGUAUCAAACACCGACGAUCCUGAUAUACCAACAUUGACUCUCAGAGUCUGGGUCGUUGGUGGCUUUUUCAGCGCGCUGGCUGCUGCAGUAAACACUGUCUUUAACUUUAGACUACCUGCUCCUACAAUUACUCCAAUCGUUCUCCAGCUUAUAACCUAUCCGGCUGGUAAAUUCCUAGCUUAUAUUCUCCCGAUGGAUCUAUAUACCCUGCCUGCAUGGCUCGGCGGCAAAACUUUCACGCUAAAUCCAGGUCCCUUUAACAUUAAGGAACACACGCUUAUCACCAUCAUGGCAAACGUCAGUGUUAGCCCUGCGUAUGCUAUGAAUGUUACUGUCGUCACCGAAAUGUUUUAUGGCUACAAGCUUGGCACUGGAUUUGACAUUCUCUUAUUUAUCAGCUCACAAUGUAUUGGAUUUGGAUUGGCGGGAUUUUGUCGGCGAUUUGUUGUUUGGCCGGCUUAUCUGCUCUGGCCCCAAUGCUUAGUGGUAUGCACACUCCUUAACACCCUACACGCUGAAGAUGAUGAGAAUGAUGGAUCAAUGUCAAGAUUUAAAUUCUUUAUCAUCGUUGGUGUCUCAUCUGUUAUCUGGUACUUUGUUCCUGGAUUCCUGUUUAAAGCACUGAGUUGGUUCAGCUGGAUAUGCUGGAUCUGGCCACGCUCGCCGACUGUUAACCAACUCUUUGGUGUUUUUACAGGACUGGGUAUGGGUGGAAUGACUUUCGAUUGGUCGCAAAUCACAUACAUUGGCUCACCUUUGGUUAUGCCGUGGUGGGCUGAGUGCAAUGUAGCUAUCGGGUUCUUUGCCUUGUAUUGGUUGGUCGUACCCAUCCUCUACUACACAAAUGCCAAAUUUUUCAAUUAUUUACCCAUCUCAGACUCAUCACCUUACGAUAAAUACGGAAACUCAUACAAUAUAUCGCGGAUACUGUCUGAGAAUAGUGAAUUCAAUCAGACAGCGUAUGAGGCUUACAGCCCGCUGUACAUCUCUGCGACAUACUCCAUGGUAUACUUGUUGGGGUAUGCAGUAGCGACUGCUGUUCUUGUCCAUACCAUUCUCUACCAUGGUAAAGCGAUAUGGUAUGGCAUGCGCAAUUUCAAAUUUGAGGAAGAUGACAUACACGCGAAGCUAAUGAGGCGCUAUCCGGAUGUACCUCACUGGUGGUAUCUGAGUUACAUGGUGGUGUUCUUAGCGUUAUCAAUUGCUGCAGUCACAGGCUUCGACGCACAGAUACCUGUUUGGGGUGUGUUUGUUGCGCUGCUGGUACCACUGGUGUAUAUAUUGCCGGCAUCAUACAUAUUCGCAAUGACAGGACAGGAAAUACCCAUCAACCUGAUCAGUGAAGUUAUUCCAGGGUAUUUGUUCCCUGGCAAGCCAAUAGCGAAUAUGAUAUUCAAGUGUUAUUCGAUCCAGACCAUGUCCGAGGGUCUUUCGUUCAUUCAAGAUGCGAAGCUGGGACAUUAUAUCAAAGUUCCUCCGCGAGCUACAUUCGCAGUUCAAGUCACAGCUACAAUUAUUUCAGCACUAAUUCAGAUUGGCAUCCGCGACUGGAUGUUCAGCUCGGUGAAUGAUAUGUGCAGUGUAAGACAAUCCGCAAACUUCACCUGUCCCCAAAAUAGAGUUUACUAUACUUCUUCCGUUAUUUGGGGCAUUGUUGGUCCUGAUCGAUUUUUUGGUCAUGGCAGGAUUUACCACUACCAGGUUUAUGCGUUAAUUGUAGGUGCAGUGUUGCCUAUUCCUGUGUAUUUCUAUGUCAAGCACAAGCCAAGGUCUUGGUUGAGAAAUUUGAAUUGGCCAGUAAUGUUGACUGGUCCAACGUAUAUUCCACCUGCUACUGGAAUCAACUAUUCGUCGUGGAUUGGUAUUGGGUUUAUAUUCCAGUAUCUCGUGCGAAGGACUCAUUUUGCAUGGUGGUCAAAGUACAACUUUAUAUUGUCAGCAGCUCUAGAUGCAGGGACUACUCUCGGAAUCAUCUUGGUCUUUCUUCUACUGCAACUGCCCAAGAAUGGCAGUAUUAGUGUGGACUGGUGGGGUAACUCUGUGUAUAUGCGUACUGCCGAUUAUUUCGGAAUGCCAUAUAGGACACCACCAGACAACGGAUUUGGGGAGGCUGUGACUCCUCAGUAA